GAAGUGAGUUGGUUAUCAGGCAGCUCAGCUCUCGUGUUGAUCUGUUCAGGUGACUGUUACCUGAUGGAGUGGUCCGACUGGAGCCUGUGUCAGAGUGUGUGUGUGAAGGGCCAGCGUUUGGACUUCACUCCGGUGCAGGUCCGUUCACGUGCGGUCAUCGCGCAGGAGCCGGAGAACAUCGCUCAGUGCCCCGAUCAGGAGUGGCAGACCCGGCCCUGCAGCAAUGGGGAGUGUUAUGAGUACCAGUGGAUGGGCAAUCCUCAGCUGAUCUGGUGUCAGCGCUCGGAUGGAAUAAACGUCACAGGUGGAUGCCCUCCAGCUCUACUGCCAGGGACGGACCAGUCAUGUGAUCCACCUUGUGACAAACCACAGUCAUUUUGCUCAGAG